AUGCUGGAAAAGGCAGAGAAGGAAACGCAACACACGUGCUGUCCACGCUGGACUUCUGGGAAGGUCGCCACACCCCUGUGGGGCCGGGCCCCCUCCCAGGGGCCCCAGGAGUCUCCACUGCCAGAAAGGAGCCUGAGCGUCCGUCUGCGCAGGGCGGCCCUGGGCCUCCUGCAGCGGUUGCCGCUGAGCCUGGCGUCAUUAAAAAGUGCCCAGGAGCUGCUCCCCCACCAUUGCUUUUACAUCCUCCUUCUGCGCAGCGGUGUCCUGGGCUCCCUGAUAAUCAGGAUCAAGCUCCUCAGUCAGUGA